GGCCGCACCAUCACGCAGCUGCAGCUGAUGAACGAGAUCCAGGAGUGCUGCGAGGCGAUCCCGCACAUGCAGCGCGAGAUCCGGCCCGCCGCCACCUUCCCCGACGACGUGGCGCACGUGGCGCGCGAGCUGUCGCCGCGCGUGAUCCAGUUCUCCGGCCACGGCAACGCGGUCCGCGCCGGCGCCUACGCCGGCGCGCUCGCCUUUGAGCGCGGGGGCACGCUGCAGCCGGUCCCUCCCGACGAGCUCAUCCGGCUGCUGCGGGAGGACUGCCCCGACCUGCAGGCGGUGCUGCUGCACGGCUGCCACACGCUGCGCCCGCUCGGCGAGCUGAUCCACCGCGAGAUGCCGCACCUGUACGUCAUCGGCUGGGACUCGCUGCUCGAGGACAAGGCCGCCAUCGCCUUUUGCCGCGGCUUCUACGGCAAGCUCGGCGAGAUGGCCGAGAUCGAGCUGGCGGGCGGGCCGCCCGCCUCGAUCCACGACGCCUUCGCCGAGGCGGCGCGCUGCUUCGAGGAGCAGGGCUUCAUCCUCGGCGACCCGGAGGACGCCGCCGUCUCCGCGAAGCACGGCCGCCGCGCGAGCGGCAAGUUCGACAUCUUCAUGCCCGCGUCGUACCAGCAGCAACACGUCAACUCCGCCAGCAGCCUCUUCUCCGCCGGUUAGUAGCCAGAGGUGAUUGUAGAGAAGUAAUUUCUGUGUUCCUUUUUUUCGC